UGUCCACAAGAUGUGCCCGGGCAGCUAAAAAAGAAAAAAUAUCCAUGUCCUGGCUGUGCUAUAAAUCUUGGAGAGAAGGGACGAUAUUCAUAUUUAAGAGUCUAAAGAUGGAUCGCCAUCGCGUGAGUAUAACUAUGGAGGAUAAUGAAAUGUGGGAGCAGAGAAUGGCCAGAUUGAAAGCGCUGGAAGGUUUAAACAGACCACACAGCCCAGCAGAGGUCAAAUGGCGUGUAAGUCCGCGGCUACAAGCCGCCGCGAAAGAAGGCGACGUUGACAACUUCAUCGAAGCCCUCGAAAAGUAUUCCGCAGAAGAGGGAGUCCCUUUGUCCGAGAUCAUAGACAUACAGGGCCCUUCUGGGAACUCGUUGCUCCACGUCGCAGCGGGCAUCGAGAAUUGCGACAUCCUUCGAGCCCUCCUCGAGGUCAUCCGCGACAAGGGGCGCGCCACUGAGGCGAAUUUCCGAGGGGACACCGCGCUCCACGUCGCAGCGAGAGCCGGAAGGAUCCACACGGCCAGACUCCUCCUUGACUGCGAUGGGAUCGUAGACAUGGCGAAUGACGCGGGCAACACAGCGCUGCACGAGGCUGUGAGGAACGGUCACUACGAAUUGACUCGUAUGCUCUUGAAUCGAGGGUCAAAUUUGGUUUAUAAGGAGAACAGAGAGCGUAAGUGCCCGCUGUACUUGGCAGUCGAGACGGGAGACUUGAGGAGUCUUGUGCUUUUGAUGGAAGCAGUGGAUGGGGAGAAAGUCUCUUCAUUGGAAGGCAUGUCGCCGGUCCACGGAGCCGUGAUGCACCAAACGAUAGAAAUGCUAAAAGAGAUGUUAAAGCGGAAGAAAGAGUUAUUUUUUCUAAGUGAUGCUGGAGGUGGUACUCCGCUCCAUCUAGCAGCAUAUGUGAAUUAUGUCGAUGGAGUCAAAUUCUUGGUCAAUGAAUUCACUUCAAGUGCCAUUGAAUAUGACAAAGAGGGCUAUCUUCCGAUCCACAUUGCAUCCAAAAUGGGUCAUCUCGAAACAAUUAAGGAUUUGCUUCAACAUUGGCCAGAUCCAGAAGAGCUGCUAAAUUUUAAGGAAGGGCAAAAUAUACUUCAUGUUGCAGCAAAGUAUGGAAGGGCCUCUGUAGUGAAGUACAUACUCAGUAAUCCUGAGCUUGAGAAGCUCAUAAAUGUGAAAGACAAGUUAGGAAAUACGCCUCUACAUUUGGCCACAUUACAAUGGCAACCCGAGGUUCUAUUGUCUCUCACUCGGGACAAUAGGGUCAAUCUUAAGCUUGUAAACAACAGCAACUUGACGGCUCUUGACAUUGUAGAUGAGCAACUGAAAAAAAUAGAUGCUCCACUUCACCAGAGCUUAACACGAACAAUCUUAUUAUCUGCUGGAGCACCCAGAAGCAAAGACAAAGCAAUUUGCCAACCAAAAGGCCUAGGCCCGGGGAGCGAUUUGGAGCCUCCAGAUUUGGAUAGACUUAAGGACGAGGCCAAUUCCCGUAUGGUUGUGGCAACUCUCAUUGCUACUAUGACAUUUGCUGCUGGCUUUUCUAUUCCUGGAGGAUAUAACAACUCUGAACCAGAUGCGGGAAUUGCUACACUAUUGAACAAACCCAUGUAUGACGUCUUCGUGAUUUGCAACACUGUCGCCAUGUUCAGCUCAAUAAUUUCAGUUGUGAUCCUUCUAUGGAGACAGAUUAAUGAUUCACAUGCUGUGCUUCAUGCCCUUGGAAAGGCAAGGCAACCACUGCUUAUAGCUCUUGCCACAAUGUCUGUGGCCUUUAUGGCAGGGGUCUACGUGACCGUAAGCAAACGCACUUGGAUCGCCGUUGUUACUUUGAUCAUUGGAAUCAUUGCUCUCUUCGUUAUCUUGAGUCUUUACAUGGCCUUGUUUGUUCCGCUUGGGUACAAAUGCCGUCUUGUCCAGCUGUUGGCCGACUACAUCCUUAGAGCUGGUAUAUCAAUUUCAAGAAGUGUGACUGUAGAAAGGGCUGCGUGGCAGCCUGAGUAUCCUCUUGGAUCCCUCAAGCGUCAUGCUGGGUCUCUAGAAAUUGAUACGGCGACAUCAACAAAUGCCAUCGAUGGAAAAUCAUGACAUUGGGGCAUAUUAAAUUAUAUUUCAAUUUUGAACCAUUUAUGACACCCGAUCCAAAUUGGAUCGAUUUAUUAAACUGUUGGAAAGAAAUCCUGUGAAUAUCUCAAAGGACAUGUAAAUAUAUUGUUGCGAUUUGUUUUGAUCGGGUUGGAUAAAUAUCCAAGCCUGAUAGCAGAAAGAAAUUUAAGAAAGGGAGCUUCAGUUACAGUUAAAAUAAAAAAGAAAAUUUCUCUGGCACUA